UCAUAUUUCAAACCGUUUUGCUAAAAAAAAAAACAUGAAAUCUUUUCAAUGUGUGGAUAUUCUUAUUUGUUCGGUAAUGGUAAUGGCCAUUGUUGGCUGUUCUAAAGCCGAACUUGAGCAAACCAAAAAUCGUCGUGGCGGUGGUGGCACUUCGGGCCUUUUUGCUUUUCCCCGCGUAGGUCGCAGCGAUCCCACAUUAAAUCUCAACAAUUUGCAUAACCCAGAUGUAACUGCUGAAAAUGCGGCAGCAGCUGCUGUCGCUGCCUUGGAUAUUUUAUAUCCAUCUUCUUCCUUUGAGGAAUAUGAAGAAUAUCCCAAAUCUGAUGUCAAACGUGCUGGCAUGAUUGUGUAUCCACGCGUUGGCCGCAGUGAUGCUGAUAUACGCAAAUGGGCCAGACUAUUGGCGUUGCAGCAGUCAUUGGAUAAGCGUGCGGGACCCAGUGCCACCACAGGAGUAUGGUUUGGUCCCCGUUUGGGCAAACGUAGUGUUGAUAAUCAACAGUUUGACAAAUCUUCCGGACAGAAAGAGGAAUAUUAAUUUAUUAAGGCCUCUACCCAAACAACAAACAAAUUCCAAAGACAACCUUUGCUAUUCCUAAUGCACACAUGACACUCACCAACUGGAUUUUAAUUAUCG